UUGACGUCCCGAUAUUUAUGAAUCCGCUGAGCUUAAAAGUCUCACAGAGUCAUCGGCAGGUUGCGACAGCGAUAUGGAGACCGGAAGAGCCACAGAAAGGCAUACGUAGGCUAGGUACUCUUCUACAGAGAACGAAUGGGUUUGUCCCCGCACGUCGGGCCGCGAGCAGCUCCUGCGUGGGGGCACUCGCGCACUCUGCUGCAGUUUCUUCUUGGCGAAGAAGAAGAAGACGACGAAGACGAAGAAGAAAACGAAGAAGAAGAAGUGCGAGCCACAACAAAAACAGUGCUAGCAGCAAAGGAAUGCGACGCUUUCAGACUUGAAUCCAGCUGCAAUAGCGGAUGACAGCUGCUUUUCGGUUGCGCUUUUUGCCAAGCCACCGAAUGCGGACGGUUGCGCCGCUUUAAGAGUCCCGAUGCGGCGCACAGCUGCGCGUUCAUUUCUCCAUGCGCGGGUGACGGGUUAGCCUGCUCCAACUCUGUCGUCCUCGUCGUUUUUGUUUCAUGUCACUGGCGUCAGGCCCCGAGCGCAAACAUGGAGCGCUUGUACAAGCGCAAAAUGUUCGCUUCGAUGCGCAAAACCAAGACGGACCUGUCCAAGAAGCGGCAGAUCGGUCUGCCCGCCUCCAUCCUGGACGACACUGACGAGGGCUCCUUCUCCUCUUCGUCGUCGUCGUCCGGUUCCCAGUCCGACUUCCAUAGCUCCCCGGAGGAGGACAGCGAGCAGGAGGAGUGGCAAAGGAGCGAGUCCGGAGCCACGUCCAGCGACGACAGCCGCUCCGUCACCCGCAGAAAGCGCUCUUUUCUGGGAGGCGACGAAACGUCCUCGUCUUCGUCCUCGUCCUCGUCCUCGAGCACUGCGAAGGAGCGAGACGACGACGACGACGACGGCGGCGGCGGCGGCGGCCAUGAUGCGGGGGAGAAGGAGGCGACGACCCAGCCGAAGAGGAUGGUGCAGCCCAGGAAGCGGUGCAGGGUGCAGCGGCACGACGAUUCGGACUCGGACCGUGCGGAUGAGAAGCGGAGAGAGGAGGAGGAGAAGGCGAAGAGGAGACAGAGACACAACAAGCUGCUGGCGCUGUCCCGCAGGAUGAAGGCCCGCCUUCCCAGCCGACGGAGGAACCGCGUGAAACAGCCUGAGGACGAAUCAAAAGAAGUGGAAGACGGGGCUCACGGAGAGGAGGAUGGAGGAAAUAAUGGCAAGGCUGAAGCUUCGGGUGGAGAUGGAGCAGAGAAAGAAGAAGAAGAGGAGAAAGAGGAAGAGGCGGUGAAGGAAUAGAUUCGAGGCUGCAGUGAAGGCUACAAGAUGUGCAAUUGGAAUGUGGAAAUAUUGCAGUCUUAUUUUGGAGUUGAAAUGGAACUCUGUACGGCGUUUUGUCUCCUCCUGCAGCAGCAGCAGCAGCAGCAGCCACACGCAAUCAGGAGGCUUUCAUGAUGGAUGAUCCCUUGCUCCCGAGACUGGCAUCAGCGAGUUACGGAAGAACCUUACGCACCUGACACGGCUCAUCCCGCAAUAGCAGUGGAUCCUGAAGUCGGACCGGAUUUGUUGUUUCAGGCCUAUCGCACCCUAAAAGUGAACACUGAGGAGUCUCCUUGUUUUCGUCAACUGGUUUUGCGGUCAUAUUCCCCCCCCCAAUCUUUCAGUAGUUCAUAUGAACAAGCCAAAUUAUGAUCUUUCUGUAAAUAAGAACGAUCCUAUUUGCAUCGGGGCAAAUGCUCCCGAUUGAAAAGAUUAAAAAGGCUGCUUGUUCCCAGGACAGUAGAACUAUCAACGUUAUCGCUUGAAGAUAAAGGGGACAUAUUAUGCAAAUGUUCAAGUGCACACUGUUACUUUUGGAAAAAUAGACACAAUUGUAUGCUCCAAAAAAGUAGUUGUUUUUUUUUAAACAUCCCUUGCUCCUCCUUCCCUCAAAGUGCUAAAACUACAAUAUUUUGCAUUAUGUCUGCUUUCACCAAACCAGACUCCCAGAACUGCGCUGACAUCGCGUUUCAGGGUUUUGUGAAAAUUUUAAUUUGGAAAUAUUCAUAUCUAGUUGAUUCCCAAUUUUGGAAUCAAAAUGAGCUGAACUUUACGGAAGCUUAAGUGGUUUGUUCAUAACUGUGCUGUUCUUUCAAUUGCUGCUAUCUUAUUAACCUCCUUGAAGACACGUCGGCUUCAUUUACGUUAAACCCCGCACUUCAAACGCAUAUUCGGUCACCAUAAGGUUUGCUGGGUUUGCUGUAUCUGCGGUAACCAUGACAUUUGAUUUUUUGUUAACUUUCGGGCUGAAGAUUGCCCAAAAGUGAAAUGCCUGUAAAUCAGCAUUCACUUUUAAGGAAUCGGCUUGUGAGGAUUUACAGUACCAGAGUACUGAAGUGUCGCCUUCUCGUAACCUCUCCUAAUGCGUCGUCAGUGUAAACGAAGAAGCCUUGUGUUCUUUUGCUGGGCGGCAAGUAAGAUAAGAGACCAUACCAUGUCCGUGAUCAUGACUCCGAACAAGCCAAUCACAGAGCUCCUCUUUUGUGUGUUUGUGUGUGGCAACAUGCAGUAUUAAGAGAAAUUCAAUACACUUCUUUGACAAAAUGUUUGUCUUUCGUUGCUUGAAUAUGUGUUCCAAAAAAAAAAUCAAUGAGUAGGCCUGCAAUGUACGCGUAUUUUUCCACAAGCUUAUUAAUCAGAAUUUGACAUGUGGCGCUGCUCUUUUUUGCAGAGUCCUAAAGAGGAGCAUCCUUUUUUCUUCUGUUCUUCUGGAACAGCCGGAAGGAACUUGUUUCUGUUCCGUUUUUGACAGACGUUGAUUGGCAACGAAUGCUUUGGACUGGAAGGCCAGCAGACAAUGUUACUUAUUGCAGACAUUUAUCGGACUUCUAUAAAAGAUUCAAAUAAACUCUCAGUCCCGUGGCCACUUUUUAGAACCCGAAUGAGUCUCAGACACACACAUCCAUGAUUGGGAGAAAAAAAAACACAAACAAACCCAAACCACUGAAUGUAAUUGCUUUCUUCCAUGUCCAAUAAAUGUCAGCUUUGGCUUUUUUUUUUUGGCUCCAAAAAUGUUUGGCUUCAAUGCAUUUUGCAUCGCUGUGGUCGAUGAUAAUGUAUUUGCGUGCCUACGGCAUAAGGCAAACAACCAGUACUUUCUCUUUUCACAAAUGUCCCAUUGUUCUUUACACGAAUGACAUUUGAGUUUGAUCUCACUUUGCUCUAUUUUACCCACCGUGCAAAAGUGGUCAACUUUUGAUUUAUCUGCCCAAUGUCAAAAAUACAGCACAUGUCGGUUCGAGAUAAACGAAAUGUUUUCAUUCGUCGGCAACGUCAGUGUUUUUCAGUCCGAAGAUUUUGAGGCCUUUUAUUGUGUUUUAUUCCUUUUGUCCCAUGUACUAUCAGUGCUGUGUAUAUGUUUUCUGAGUGUGUUUCUGGUGGCUUUUCGUUCUGUAUAAAACUUUGAGAACCGGCCUGCUUUCUAAAAUCAGCUUCAUGAUGAAUAAAAUGUCUGUUUCAUGACCCAGA